AUGGGCAACAGAACAGCAAAGGCUCCAGGUCCACAAAGUCUUUCCGAUUUUGUGAAAAAAAAAGAAUUUACCCAGGAAGAGCUAAAAGAAUGGUCAGAGAUAUUUAAGCGUCAUAGUGGCAAUAAAGAAUAUUUGACGGAGGACGAAUUCACAGAGGUAUACGGAAUGGCUUUUACUGGAGAUCCCAGACCUUUUAUCAAGCAUAUGUUCCGUAGUUUUGACAGUAACAGAGAUGGUGUGGUUGAUUACAAGGAAUUUUUAACUGGAAUCGGAUGUAGUACUAGCGAAGAUACAAAAACGAAGCUUAGCUGGGCGUUUCAAAUGUACGAUGUCGACGGGGACGGUCUCAUUACAAAACAUGAAAUUAUCAGCAUAAUUCGGGCGAUGCAAUGCAUGAUUAACCAACAUCCAACUGAUGAAGAAAUCCAACAAACAGUCAAUGACAUAUUUCGAAAUCUGGAUAGAAAUAAUGACUCUCAGAUCAGUUGGGAUGAAUUUUAUAAAGGUGUUCAGAAAGAUCCUAAACUUUUAGAAGUGCUUGAUUGCGAACCGCAGACUGUAUAAAACAGAUAGUGUAAAAUAAUAUAACAUGUAUAAAUUAACGUGAACAACUAGUACUAAUGGGAUACGGUCCUCUAGAUGGCUCACCACUUUAAGGUUGUUAAUGCAUCACUCUAGCUUACCUUGAGAUUUGUUGAGUUGAAUUGAAUACUUAAAUAACUUUAACCCAUUUUCUUCACGUUAGUUGAUUAAAUCUUUAGCAUUAGGCCUACUAGGUUCAACAAGUAAAAAAGACUACGUGGCUUUUUGUACUAAAUUGACGAAUAGUUUGACAAGUGUUUGAUAACUAUAUACCUUUCAGUGUUACAGAAUUCUGAAUCAUUAUUUCAAUGAAAAAGUAUUUAUAUGGUGCAGUUUAUUGGUUGUCAAAUACAUUAAGUUGAGUGCAACAAAAAUUUGCAGUUAAAAGUAGUUUUUUCCUCUUUUUCAAAUGAAAUAUUUAAAUAUCUAAGUUAAAAUAUUUCGCCUAUGUCUUGUUUUUAAUGAGAUAUCUAUAUGCUCUGCCUAAUCAACUAAAUUGAAUUUAAUAGUUAUCAACAACAGGAUCAAACUAAUAAAAUAUCCAAAAAAUAUCUGAUCCAAAAAGAAAUUGACCUCUUUCCUGUAACCGUAUCUUUUAGUUGAUGUAUGUGACAUUACCAUCUUGUAAAUAAAGUGUCUUGAAAUUAUUUGCCGAAUUAGUUAAGUCACAAAUCCUAUGGUACGAGUGAAUGCUAGCGCAUUAUUUCCAACCAGAUAAGCAUAGAAUAUCUGUUAGAUGACUAGCUAUUUUCUUUCAUAUUGAUAGAAAGGUUAAAUAAAAUCGAUAUCAAAUUAA